AUGUCUCUCUCCCGCGAAUCCCUUCGCCAGCUCCCCCUCUCCUACGCCUCCUGCUCCAUCGGCUGCAAACCAGAACACACCCUCCCAGCCCGCCUCUCCGCCAUCUCCGCCGCCGGCUUCACAGGACUCGAACUCAGCAUGCCGGACCUCGUAGCCUUCGCCAACCAACAUCUCCGCACUGACCAGCAAUCCCCAGACAUCAAAGCCGAAGUCACGAACCACGACUUCGACGACCUCUGUGCGGUGGCGAAAGUCGUCAAGACAAUGUGCGAUGCGCAAGGUCUGGAGAUCAUGCUCAUGCAACCUUUUGCCAAUUUCGAAGGCUGGCCGGAAGGUUCUCCAGAACGAAAGGAUGCUUUCGAACGCGCGGAUGGGUGGUUAAGGAUCAUGGAGUCUUGUGGAUGUAAGACGCUUCAGGUGGGGUCUACUGACACGCCGGCGGAGAAGAUCGGCACGGAUCGUGAGAGGUUUGUUGGUGAUUUGAGGCAGAUUGCGGAUAUGGCGGGGAAGAAGGGGAUGCGGAUUGCCUAUGAGAACUGGUGCUGGAGCACUCAUGCGCCGGACUGGGCCGAUGUGUGGGAUAUCUGCCGUCGAGUUGAUCGGGAGAACUUUGGUUUGUGUUUGGAUACGUUUCAAUCUGCUGGUGGCGAAUGGGGUGAUCCGACGACGGAAUCGGGAAUGAUCGAGGAUGGAAAGAGUGCAGAGGAGGUUACGCAGAAGUGGAAGGAGUCGUGCGACCAACUGGCAAAGACCAUCCCUGCUGAGAAGAUCUUCUUGCUGCAGAUUAGUGACGCUUACAAGCCGAAGGAGGCCUUCAAGGACGAGGCAGACGAGAAUGGGAUGAGGCCGAGAGCGCGGUGGAGCAGCGCGUGGAGGCCUCUGCCAUUUGAGGGGUAUCUGCCCGUGGUGGACUUCGCGCAGGCGGUGCUGAAGUCGGGCUUCAAGGGUUGGUUCAGCUACGAGAUCUUUGACGGCGGACCGGACGGGCAGGGCAAGGACUACGAGCUCGGUCCGUUUGCAGAGGCGGCGAUGGAGUGUCAGAAGAAGUUGAUGGAUGCUUGUGCGAGCUAG